AUGGCAUCUGUGCCUUCAGCUGGCUGCCUCCUGGCCAAGAAUCAGUACUACAGAGCUCGAUUGAAUUCUGAAUCCAGUGUUUCAUCAGGUAGUUCAUCCUUCUGUUCUGAUCCCGUGAACUUCUCAGACCAGGAUAAAGCCCAUCAUGGGUUACCUGAAUUAUUUGAUAAAUGCUGGUGGAUAAAAAACUUUUUCCAUUCUGAACCAUCUACUUCUCCAAACGUGAAUGGAAAAACAUUAUCGACCAGCAGAUCACUUGGACAGCUGAAUGACAAAUCACAUGUGUGA